CGGGGCCUCGCGGCUCCCGCGGCCCGGUUCCCCCGCCUUCGGCCUUCGGAGCCCAGCGCCGCCGCCAUGUCUUCCGGGGCCAGUGUGAACGCCCUGCAGCGCCUGGUGGAGCAGCUAAAGCUGGAGGCCGGCGUGGAGAGGAUCAAGGUCUCCCAGGCAGCUGCAGAGCUUCAGCAGUACUGCAUGCAGAAUGCUUGCAAGGAUGCCCUGCUGGUAGGUGUUCCAGCUGGAAGCAACCCUUUCCGGGAGCCCAGAUCCUGUGCUUUAUUCUAAAGACUGUAAGGAAGAAGUUCAUUGAGGAAUGCUUUUAAGUGCGAAGUGAUGAAUAACUAACUGCCUCCAAGUCUCAAGAAAACACUUUUCUCCAGCCAAAUGACUCUUAUAUAUUUCAGACCUUUCCUUGGCCUGGUCCUAUAGCCAAAAUUUUAUAGAAAUUGAUGAGUUUCUACUCAGAUAAGGAAACUGGGUGAGGGGGAAAACUUUAGAUAAUAAUGGCCAGACUCUUUUGGUAAAGUGCUUUUAUAUUUAAGACAAACAAAAAUGUUACCACCAAAUACACCUCUUCCAUAAGCAAAUUACUGGUGUUUCUAUUCCUGGAAUAUUGUUUGUUUUAUUUACUGGACGUUUACAUUUUGGGAAGGCAAACAUUUUUGUUUGUUAAAAAAUUGAAUAUUUGUAAUUUGUUGUUCCUAAGAUUUUUAUACCAUAACAAAACUUGAUCUUUUCUCCUGAAUUUACAGUUUCUAAAUGAAGACAAGCAAGUAUAAAACUGGGGGAAGAGUAGACUUUGUUAAUCAAAUGCUGUCUUGAUUUUUCUAAAUGAGAAGAUUCUUUGAUUUGUAACACUAAACAUAGGAACUGUUUCUUAGCAAACUUGUUUGGAAAGAUUCCUGUUGUGUUUUGUAUUAGAUUGCCCCAUCCAGUGUAUGAAGCAGAUUUGGUUUUUGUUUUCUUAAGUUCCUCUACUUUAUAGUUGUAGUUAUACUUAAAACAAAAAAAAAACUACAUUAUUUCAUGUCUUUAAAAAAAUGUGUUCUUUCGAACAUUACAAAUGAGUAAAAACAAAAUCAUGUGAAAAUACUACAACCUACAUAAAUUCUUCAUGUCACAAGUGUUUUAUUUUGAUGAUGUGCCUUUGAUUUAAUUUGAAACACUUUUAAAAGGAUAUUUUGUGUUUGUAAAAAUCUUUGAUGAGCUUGGAAAUAAAAUUUCUGCUUAAUUCAUCAUUUUCUAUGAUA